GCAACUUCUAUUACAACACCGAGGGCGGCUUCUAGCACAAGAUAACAUUCUAGAAGUUUAGAAGUUCAUGAAGAAGUCUCGGUAGACGACGAUUCACAAGGAGGAGGUGCCGCCGACGAUGAGUAGGAGCAGCGCGCACUGGCUCUUCCUCACAAGUAAAAAAUGCUGAGGUAAGCAUGGGUGUAGCCGGGGGCUAUGGCACAAGGAGAAGGCAUUUGUAUGGGAGACACCCCAUGGAGGCGGCGAGGACAAGGAGAAGUGGACACAAACAAACAUGUCAAGUUUUCUUGCACAACCAAGACAGUCCGUUGACAACGGGGUAGUCCGGUGGUGGCGACAGCGGCGGCGAACUCCAGCGGCAGUUUCUUCAUUGGAAGGGACUAUCUCGAUUGUUCUUGGAGAGGAGAGUCCAAGGAAUGUAAUGCUAGAAAAGCCGAGUGCUAUGAAAGGAUCUGCUCUUGUGAAAAGAUGGGAAAAUCAAAACAAGAACAAGGAUGGCCAACCGAUGAGUGUAGCAACGGAAAACUCAAGAAAGGAAAAUAGAGAUACGUUAUGUUGCACUUACUGCAAGAAGCCGAGACAUAUUAGAGAAAAUUGUUGGAAGCUGAAUGGAAAACCUCCAAGCAGCGAGUGGGGAACGAGUGGGGAACUAGAGGGAGACAGCAAAGACCUCAAACUCAUCUCAUGGAACAACUGAAAGUUGAAGAGAAACUUGGCAGCAAAGGCGAUGAGGUAAGGUUCAAAGAGGAUGAGAUUGAAAAGUUACGAAGUCUAUUGAGCUCUCUUGAAAAACCAUCUGGGGCUAGUUCUUUGGUUCUCACAGGAUCGGGUCUCGGGGAGGAAGAUUGGACUUGCUAAGGAAAGAAAUGGUCUGUAUCACUUGGAGAUUCCAAAUAAAACCACCAGUAACUUGAAUGUGUCUCUUCUCAGUUCUUCCAAAAAAGAAACUAUCUGGCUUCUUCACUACCGUCUUGGUCAUCCGUCCUUUAGAGUCUUACAAAUUAUGUUUCUACAAUUAUUCUUAGGUUUUAAUAUUUCUGAGUUUCAUUGUGAUGUUUGUGAACUAGCAAAACAUGUUCGUGCCCCAUUCCUUAUCAGUAAUAAAAGAAGUGUUCUUCC